ACCAUCAGCUUGCUUUCCUCCGGCGAAAUCUCCGCCUUCGAAAUGGCUUCAUCUGCAUCACUCUACAAAGUUCUCGGGAUUCUGGUGAGCGCGAACGGGAACGAGAUCAAGGCAGCGUAUAGACGACUAGUACGGACGUCUCAUCCCGAUGUUGUGUCCUUGAACCAGAAAGAUAUGUCAGCUAACCUAUUCAUGAAGAUCAAUGCAGCGUAUUCGACGUUAUUGGACCCGAACAAACAUGCCGAUUAUGACAAGAAUCUUUACCGGCGGAACGGCCCAUUUUAUUCCUCCGCAACGCCGCCUCCAGCGGCUCCUGCGUCGGGGUUUUGUGGUUAUAACAGUGGUAGGAAUGGGGAGACCGACCAGUGCUGGUAGUUAAUUAGUUG